CUCUCUAACCCAGGAGCGCCGGGACACGAUGCCCGCGAGGUUCGGUGUGGUGGUAGUGCGGUUUGAUCCCCUACUCACUCUGCGCGCAGAGCACACGGGCCUAGCAAGUUGAAGCCCAGUCGUAUCGGCCGUUCGGCGCAACCCCGUUUCAACGCGAAGAGUAGGAGAGAGAACAGAGAAGGAAAAAAAAAAAACAAAGAAAGAUAGAAAAAACAAAACAGGGAGGAGAUAAAAGGUGCCGAUCGACUCGCUAGGCCCGAAACCUCCGAAACGCCGUGGAGGUCAGCGUACACGCCGCGUACCUUUGCAGAACGGCGAGCAAAUCGCGCGCGAACAAAGCGAGUUCAGUGAUAACAGUGAAUAAGUGGAAAAUCGCAGCCAGUCGCCCCGUGUCCGCCAUUGUGCUUCUCCGAUUCAACGUCCGUCGUCUUACGGUGUCUCGCGAGUUCUCAAUCAGGUCGACGUCGCAGCAGCGGCAACAGCAAACAUCAAGCAGCAGCCGACCUCCUCCUGAUACUUACUCGCUCCUGUAGUACGAAAUGCAACACAUCGUCUCUGACCGACUGUUUAAACUGAUUACAAUAAAUUCGUAACAAUGUAAAAACGUCAACGUCGAAAGUUCCUUUUCUUUACGAAAACAAUUAUUCGAACUAAAUUAUACGAUCUACCAAUUUCCGUCUCUUUUCGUUUCAUUUCAAAUUUCCAUCAGCGCGUAAUAAUAACGAUAAUAACAAUUGUUCUUUCAUUAUUCAACGAACAGUGAACAGUGCAACACGUCGUAAUUACGAAGUGACUGAUUGGAUUGGAUCGACCGAUCGAUUCCUUGACUUUUGUCCUCCGUGUUGUGUUUUAAAUUGUGAACCGUGUUCGUAAACUUGUUACAACAUCGAACAAACAAGCGUACACCAAAGGCCUAACCGAUAAAACUAGAUAAAACUAGAAAAAAAAAGAAAAAAAAAAACAGAAGAAGAAGAAGAAGAAAGAAACGAAACAAAAAGGUAACAAGUGAAAUAAAAACAAAGAUAAAACUAGAAAAUAAAGACUAAACGAAUAAGAAAUCGAAAGAAAUGAGAACGGAAUAAAAUGAAUUUUAAUAUCGAUAUGUAUCGGAGGGACGAUAAUUCUUAAAUUCGGACUGAAACGUGUCGAUAAAAAAAAAAAAACACAUAUAUAUAUAUUUAAUCUAGUAAAAGUUGUUUUUAAAACGCGGUGUUUCGCACAGCGCAGGGAUCGCUGUGUGUAUGAUUAAUAAAGAGUGAUCUGUCCCCCCUCCCCCCCUGCCCCUUCUACCUUCCAGCCACCCACACAACCCCAAAUAAGCGUUAGGCUGGUGUAUAAAUAAUAAUUGUACAACGGACGAUUGUUUCCGUUGAAUCGUCAAGAAAAGGAAAGAAGAAUAGAGGGGGAGAGAGAGAGAGAGAGAGAGCAAUAUUUUACCAAAGAGAAAUAUAAAAACGAAGGAAGGGGAUCGUCGUCGGCCUUCCUUGGAAGGGGUUGCGGCACGUGGUGUUCAGUCCUGCAGAUGGGAUCAGGGCUGCAGAGGCCCGACAGGGUAGUAAAAUACCAAGACAUUUCAUUCCCCCUGAUUCGGACAAGUAAUCUCGAUCAAGCUGGAAUUGAUGGAGUUGGAGAACAUCGUAGCCAACACCGUUUACCUCAAAGCCAGAGAAGGCGGUGGUGACAGCAACAAGGGGAAAAGUAAGAAAUGGCGGAAAAUUUUGCAAUUUCCACACAUUUCUCAAUGCAUCGAUUUCAAGAACACAUUGGAUAUCAAGUACAGCUACGUGGUCGAUCAGCAGCCGAUUGGGAGGCUGCUGUUUCGUCAGUUCUGCCAGAACAAGAAGCCAUCCUACCACCGUUACAAUCUGUUCUUGGACGAGAUCGAGAAGUACGAGAUAGAGAUGGACGAGAAUCGAUCGGAGGUCGGAAAAGAGCUGUUCGAGCACUACCUGAAGCACGAGGCUUCGGACGUCGUGGACGUGCUGAACGACGCGCUUAUAACCCAAUGCGAGGAGCGUCUGAGUCUUGGGAACAGGGAGCUCUUCGACGAGAUAUCCCAGAAGGUGAAGGACUUCCUUGCCGGGGAACCGUUCUCCGCGUUCCUGACUAGCUUCUACUUCUACCGGUACCUUCAAUGGAAGUGGCUCGAGAGCCAGCCGGUCACCUACAAGACCUUCCGCAUGUACCGAGUACUGGGUAAGGGUGGUUUCGGCGAGGUCUGCGCCUGCCAGGUUAGAGCCACGGGGAAGAUGUACGCCUGCAAGAAACUCGAGAAGAAGCGUAUCAAGAAACGGAAGGGCGAGGCGAUGGUACUUGUCGAGAAGAACAUACUCCAGAAGAUAAACUCCAAGUUCGUCGUGUCUCUGGCCUACGCCUACGCGACCAAGGACGCCCUCUGCCUCGUCCUGACCAUCAUGAACGGCGGUGACUUGAAGUUUCACAUAUACAACAUGGGCGGCGAUCCGGGCUUCGAUGUGAACCGGGCCAGGUUCUACGCCGCGGAAGUCGUCUGCGGUCUCGACCACCUUCACCUUCAAGGGAUCGUUUACCGCGACUGCAAGCCCGAGAAUAUACUCCUCGACGAUCACGGGCACGUAAGGAUUUCCGACCUUGGACUAGCGGUCGAGAUCAUGGAGGGUGACAUGGUCAAGGGUAGAGUUGGAACCGUCGGCUACAUGGCUCCCGAGGUCAUCGACAACGAGAAGUACACCUAUUCGCCGGACUGGUUCAGCUUCGGGUGCCUUUUGUACGAGAUGAUCGAAGGCCAGGCACCGUUCAGGGCCCGGAAGGAGAAGGUGAAACGCGAGGAGGUCGACCGCAGGGUCAAGGAGGACCAGGAGAAGUACUCGCACAAGUUUACGGAGGAGGCGAAAAGCCUCUGUCAGCAGUUGCUUAAAAAGAAUCCCAAGUCAAGGCUCGGCUCGAAAUGCGGAAGGCAUGGAUCCAAGGAGGUCAAACUUCACAGCUUCUUCCAGUGUCUGAAUUGGAAGAGGGUUGAAGCUGGGAUGUGGGAACCGCCUUUCGUGCCUGACCCGCAUGCCGUUUACGCUAAGGACGUUCUGGACAUCGAGCAAUUCUCCACUGUCAAGGGUGUCAAUUUAGACGCAACCGACGACACUUUUUACAGCAAAUUCAACACCGGGAGUGUCUCGAUUCCGUGGCAGAAUGAGAUGAUUGAGACCGAAUGCUUCAAGGAGUUGAACGUUCUGGGACCAGACAACACCCCGACUCCGGAUCUCCUGAUCAAUCAUUCGCCACCUAGCAACGAGAACAGAGGAUGCUUUCCGUUUCGAAGAAAGAAGAAGCAAAGCGCCAGGACCCGUGAAAUACCCGUCUCCGAGUGUUAUCUUCUCGAGCUAUCUCAGAACCAGAUCUCGGAGAUGCCGGCCAGCUGAUCCCGGAUGAAUUCGGGAUUAUUGGAAACAUCGACACCGUCGGCUCGCCGGCACCCGCGUUGCUGCCUCUAACUAUAUUAGGCGGGGAAAUAGUAAGUCUCGGACCCAGCGCGGCGCGGCGCGGCGCCCUGUUGCAAGUCGAAAUAACAGCACUAUUGGUAAAGUGCACGCUGGGUAAUCCAUACAUCAUACCAACUACGAAGACGGUUCCACGUCUCGACGGACACCGAUAUCAAGACCAUACGCGACGUUGCCAAAAGGACACUUCGAACAACAAGGAACGAUGCCAGGCGCCAAUGGAACAGAAAAAAAACAAACAACUACCGUUGUCUUUGGUACAAAACAUCCUCAGGCCGGAUUGAGCCGGGCUUGUAGAGUUCACUGACAUUAAUUUACUCUAAUUAACGGUAAAACAAAUGAAUAAUCGCAAGAGGAACGAAUGAGUGAUGACAAAGACCGAUAGAGCAGCUCUCAAAUUAUCUUGUCAAAAAAAAAGAAAAGAAAUUACGUGACGAAUAAUAUUUUUCUAUUGUACGAUGUAUUUCUCUCCAUUUUUUUUUUUUUAACCAUCAAAAGACGCCAUCUGGUAGCAGGAAGCUUAUUACUUCUAAUAGGUCUGUAUUUGAUUGUGAAAGUUAUUUUUUAACCGGUAUUAUUCCCUUUAUCAACUUAAUGUAACAAAAGAAAAGUGUGAUCAUUUGCACGGAGGUUUUUAAUGCCCGUUUGUAUUCGCACUAUUGACCUAAAACCAUCAGCUGAUAAGCCAGUUGCGGCGCCAUAUUGCUUUAGCCACACCCAUUAUUUUUUGGGAUUCCAGAUUUGAGAGCGUUAUUUCUGUGCUUGGAAUAUCACGAACGAUAUUCAUUGUUGCGCCACUGUCUUUCAGAUAUUUGCACCAACAACUCUUCCCUCUCUCUAACUUCCCAUUUUUCAAAUAACCGUUACCUCGCGGUUGAAAGAAGACUGCGAAAACCGCGAUCUCGGAUUCUUUCGAAGUCCAGAUAAAAACUUACUAUGCAAAUGAAUGAUGAUCAUCGCCCGAACCACGGCAUUUAACGGCCCUACGAAUCAAGCCAAUCAAUUAAAAACAGAACGUAUUUUCGCACAUUCACCUCGUUAAUAUGGAUAAAUUCUGACGUCGGAAUGCCAUUUAAUGUGAUCAAGUAUCCAGCUGUAAUAAUCGCACUUAUAUAUGAUAUAUUUGUUCGUAUAAAAAUUGAAGGUCUGAAAAACUCAAAUUAGUCAUUUAAGGCUUUCCUCACGAGAGACAAUUAGAUAAUAAGUUUAGAAUAGCGUUAAUUUUGAAACGUAAAUAUUGUUAUUUCUCAGGCCAUUUGCGGAUACUGAAGAGUCGCAUGCCGAUGCGUUUCUGCCGGUCCAACGACUUUUGGAACUGACCAAUAAUUGCUGAAUUUCAUCUCCAACAGUAGUAAAUGAGAAUUAUAAACACCGAGUGAUUCGUUCAAAAUAAUACAAGGUGAUAAUCUCGUAGCUGCAGUUUCAGCGAAAGUUAGAAUCUUGAAAAAGAGCGAUCAGUUUUUCAAUCUCUGUAACUUUCGUCUUCGAUGGACAGUUUUCACAGUUAAAUAUCUAAUCUGGGUUUGACGUUGCAGACGAAACUUUGAUCCGUUCGAAAGUUGAAUUACAAAAACUACGAAUCGUGGUCAGUUCCCAAAAGCAGCUUUUUCGACGGAGGCAAAACCGAGUCUUGUGCGUACGCUGAGAAUUAUAAUUAUAAAGACAUAGCUCUCUUAAGUUAAAUGGUCAAGAGAUUGCAAUAGCCUUUAAGAUUUAAUACCAACGGUACUACCAAAACAGUUUUGAAUCUCAUACCUUUUUCUAUUACGCGACUUUCUCAAGUUAUUUUACCGUUGUGUUAUUACAGAAAGUAGUUUAAUGCACACUUUAAGAUUAUUACUUCAUCAUUGAAAAUUAGCAAUGUCAACAUUGGAUUCAUCAAACGCAUUCUAUUAUGUAAAAAAAAAAGCCAAAGCACCAUUCAAAAUGCCAUUUUGGCUUUCACACCGAACAGUCGGACCUCAAAGAUCGUACAAUCUAAAGUUUACCGCUUUUUUACGGUGACUUGUUGUAGCUAUUAUCUUAUUUCGCAUAUGGUUGCCCAAAAAUUGCUACUGUAAUUAAAACUUGAACUGUUCGAUAUCAGAGACGAAAAACAAUUUCAUAGUCCAUUUUAUUAUGCCUGGGAACUUUGCAAUAAAAGUCUUGAGUUAUAUUAAUAAAAACCUAUACAGGGGAAAAAGCAAGAGGCAUAAGAUGUUUAAUGUUUAAUUUUUUUUUUUUUUUUUUUCCCCUUCCAAUCGGUAACGGAGUCGUAAAAAAAUCAUUAAAAUUCAAUCAAAAUAACGAGUGAUUUGUGAACUUGAAGUGCAGUUUAAUCUUCGAGAAUUUUUUGAAUUGUUUCAAUGUACAAAUUAAUGACGAAAGAAAUUUAUUAUUUAUUCGAAACUAAUGACUAGCGCAUCCUCUAGGAUUUGAUAUAAAUAUGACAGAUAUUUUUAUUAUUAUUUAUGAUUAAUUAAAGCAUCAGUUUGACUAUUGCCUACUGAUAGUAUACGUUGCUGGCAAUUUUUUUUUUUUUUUUUUUUUCUACUGCAAAUUUAGUUUUUCCUCCCGGCUUAGCUGCCAGGUAUAUGAAAUAUAGACCGAAAUAUGCCAAACUAUUACUAUUAUUAUUAUUGUUGUUAUUGUUAUUAUUAUCAUCAUUAUCAUCAUUAUAAUUAUGCAAUAUGCAUUAGUCGAAAAUACAAAUUCUAAAAAUUUACAUCGAAUGCCAAAAAAUUUAGGAAAAUUGUGAAUAUUUCGUAAAUAAAGAAACUCACGAAGGAACAUUCAAAGCAUUUGACAACGCGUGUCGCGUACACGAGAAAACUGAACGACAUUUCAUUUAACGUACCUUAAAAUAUUGGCGUGCGUACAAGAAGGGAUCUACUUCGAAGUAUCCUAUAGUACCUCAUUAAAGAAUUGUAUUAUACGACAGUGAUGAAUCGAAUUGUAUGAAAAGAAGGAUAUGUCUCACAAGGUGAUUAGGGUUAGAAUGCAUUCUUGAUCUUGAAUAUUAUAAUAUACGUUAUAGAUAUUUUUUUUUCCCCCCUGUUUACUGUAGUUUCUUCUACCGGCCUCCUAUACUAUUGAGAUACUCCGCGCACAAGGUUUAACUGUGUAAUUAGUGAUAUAAAUUAUAUACAUACAUAUAUAUAUAUAUAAAAAAAAAUACACUCACGCACUUACCACUCACACACGCAAAAUAAUUUAAUUUUAUUCGAUUAAUUUAACUGUUAAGCUCGAAUCGAAUAACUGUGUACAUCUGUCUCGAGACACGGACGAUUAUUUUAUAAAACUGACGUGUUUACUCAAAACAGAAGAAGAAUUAGGGAAAAGUAACGUGAAAUGUUGCAAAAUGAAAAAGCGUACGGUGCAAUUUCUUUUUAUUAUUGUUGUUUUUAUUAUUAUUUUCUUUCUUUCGACUUUUUUUUUCUCUCUCAUAUCAUUCAAUUUUAUUUCUGUUGAAAUUAUUUCAAAAAAAAAAAACACGUGUGUAUAUUUUUAUCAAUCGUUAAUAUUAAUAAGUAAUACGUACGCGCUGAUUGUUUUUCCCCAUUUUGAUUAAGGAUUUACUUUAUUUUUUUAAUACGAGAAGGACGAGAGUGCGUGCAUGCUUUGUAUUAUGCGACUCGUAAAAAAUCGCUUAGGAUCUUACAUUAGACGUGUGUGUUUUGUGAAAUCCACAUAAACCCCAUAUAGGAAGAAAGAAUUGUUGCUAAUGGACGUAUGAAAAUUGUGAAACCCGAGUUCUGUCGGUAAUGUUAAAAUUGUAAAUAACGAGCAUGAUGAAUUAGUGUUUGACGUGAGAAGUACGAGUAAAAAAUAAAAGUUAUAAAAAAAAAAAAAAAGAAGAAAAGAAAAAGAAAAAAAAAUAUGGAAACAAUAAUAAUCAUAAUAAUCAAUAAUAAAAUAAAAACAAUUUACGAUUAACCGAACGUGUGUCUCUUGCUCAAAUUCUAUGAUUUAUACUUUUGAAUGAAUUUAAAUUUAACAAUUUAAUAUUGAUUGCGAAGGAUAAAAAAAAUAAUAUCACAGGAAUCUCCAUAAAAAUAUUCAAAACUUCGUGUCACAACGUUUUUUUUUUUCUUUUUUCUCUGUUUCGCGGGUUAUUAAUUUUUGAAAUAUUUACAAUUUUGUCAGAACGUUAUUAACGGAUUAUACGUUUAUAUAUAUACACACACAUUUGCAAGGGUAUAUAUACAUGUAUCUGAUCAAUUAUUCACGGGUCAACCAAAUAUCAUUCCACUUCCGUGUCUGUCUGUCCGCCUGUCUGUUUUUUUUUUUUUUUUUUUGUCCGUUUUGCCUGUCUAUGUGUGAAUCUUUGGUAUAAUAGACUUUAGGCGCAGUGUCGUUUUUGUUUGUAUGUUAUUAUAAAAUUAGGAAAAUCAUGCUCGUUGAAAUAUUCAGCGGGAAUUUAGUGCGGGUCAUUGUAUAAUUGUACGCGAAAGAUAACGAACAAUCGACGUGGAAAAAAAAAGAAAGAAAAAUUUUGGUAAAUCAAAGAAAAAGAUGAAAAAAAAAAAAAAAAAACGAAUGAAUAACAAUUUUACUGUACAUACAUAUAAUAAGCGAAGAGAGUAGAGAUUUGAAAUAGGUAACAUUAUGGAUUGAAGAGUCUUUAAAAUUACUAAAAAUAAUAAUAAUAAUAAUAGUAAUAAUAAUAAUAAUAAUAAUAAUAAAACACAUGUGAAACGACACGCGAUAUUGAAUUUAUUACGUAGAUAUUUAUUUCUGAUUAUAAUUAAUUGUAUCUAACAUUAAAAGACAAGCUUUCAAAACACCAACGUGCACGAAAAUCGUGUUUAAUUUUAGCUGGUAAUGGAAAAUUGUCUGAGUAAGAAAUUUGAGGGUGGAAUAGAAAAUUGAACGAGAAGAGGGGUUGAAUAAUAAAACUACGGGAUGGUUGAAAUGAACGGCAAAUUUUUAUAAAUUUUCUCUGCUUACCGUCUAUAUACUCAAUCCGUUAUAUCUGUCAUUUAUUUAUUACGUUCCCGCACCCUUGGAUUUCUAGUAACUAUUAUUUUGUCAUCGAUUUCUUCUUGUCACACGAUUGUUGACUCUCAUAGGUGUAAACAUGUUUUAUAUACAUAUACGUAUAUCUCUCUAUAUUAUAAAAAUAUCUCGCGCCAGGAAUCCAGCCCUUCCUUCCACCACCCGUCCUUCCCUUCACUGUCGCCACAUUUACACCUAUGCAGAUUCAACCCUUUGUCCUACUCUCCACGCCACUCGAUAUAUGGCCGCAAAGAAUUCGAGGCUGAAUUUCGGGGUAAAAAUGCUCGAGGAUUCGAUAUUUAUCGCAUUCGCUUCGUAGAGUCUUUACGGUGUUUCUUGAUUUUGAAACGGGGGAUGCUUGACUCGAUUCAACUUCGAGGCUUGUGUGAAAUUUUCAAAGGGUGCGGACAAAAAUCAGGGUCCCUGAGACGAUUCGACGACCAGCGAACAACGAACCGUCGAAUCGUACAAAACUCGGCAAAGCCUGAUAUUUCCUCGAGUAACGUUGUCGCGUUCAGGAUUUUUAUUUUCUCCAGAAAAAAAUUGGAUCGACGAUGUUACUUCCGCCGUUGAUGGCAAUCCUUUCACGUUUACGUGCGAGCAAAUUGGGACUUGCGAUUCGAGUAACCAACGCGAUAGCUGAUGAAUUGCAACGUUAUACGUACACGUACGUAUAUCUCUCUACAUUAUAAAUACAUCUCGCGUCAGGAAUCCAGCCCUUCCUUCCACCACCCGUCCUUCCCUUCACUGUCGCCACAUUUACACCUACGCAGAUUCAACUCUUUAUCCCAAGUUUAUGCUCUUGUGACUACGAAGGUUCAACCCUCUACCCUACGUAUAUACCGUAACACCUAUGAAGACUUGACCCUUCACCUUCUGUAUAUACAUCCAUCUAGGAACCAGGGAUUCAACAUUAUACAAGGGGCGAAGCCCCCCCCCCCCCCCCCCCCUCCCCCCAAUAUAUUUGUAUCUAACCGUAAUGCAGAGAAAAUUUUAAUCACAAUUUGCCGUUAUUCGUGGUUUGUCAUAUUCUAAAAAAAAAAAAGAAAAACAUUUUGUUCCUUACGUCGAUAAAACCAAAUAAUUUUCACAUAGUUACUGCGUCGUGUGCGUAGCGAGUUUCGUGUAAAUAAUUAUACAUACCUACGUAUUUACACAUAUGUACGAUAUAUCAGGGCUAAAAAAAAACAAAACCAAAAAAAAUAAAAAAUGUCCAACUUCUUUUCAUUUAUUAUAUUCAUUAAUUUUCAAGCGAAUGAAUGAAAAUUCUUUCUUUGCACUUGAGUACAUGUUGAUUGAAUUGUUGUUCCCAGCUUUCACACGGCCUCUCAAAUAUACGAACGAACGCAUAAUUAAAGACGUCGACCUGAUCAGAAGUAAUUAAAACGUUACGUACGGAGGAAAUGAAGGACAUUGAUGCUAACUAUUUUUUCUCAACGAUUACCGGUGUCAAAAGCAGUUGAACCUAUUUCGCAAUGAUUAUCAAAAACCUGAUAUACGUGAAUACGUGUAAUAUCGGUAUGUAAGCGUACACGUGUGUGUAUUAACUACACGUAGAUAUGUAAUAUAGAAUUCUAGGUCAUAUCACAAUGUCGGUGGAUAUAUAUUAUUAAUAUACACAAAUAACGCAUUAAGUGCAAUGAUUUGUAUGCGGAGUGACGGUGAACCGAAUUAUUCCGGUAAAUACCGCCCUUUUACUCAUGUCAGUGUACCUAUCCAAUGAAUGAACAUGUUUGAAAACUA